ACGACGCAAGCGAUGGAUGGAGCGGCAGCGAAUGGGCAUCAGGACGGGGUAAAGUGGCUACACGAACACCGCAGUGAAGGGUGCACGGUCGCAGCAAUGGAUGGAGCAGCAGAGCAUGGGCAUUUGAAGAUGCACCACAGCGGCGACGGACAAGGCGGUGCUGCAAGGCCAUUUUCAAGUUGUGCAAUGGCUUCACACUCAUCGUUCAGAAGACUGCACAUGCUCCGCCAUAAACAGCACAGUCGAUCGCAUUUUGAGGUGCUGCUGUUUCUGCACUCGCAGUUCAAACAAGUUUGCACCGCGGAGACUGUGGAAUUGGCAGCUCGCCACAAGGAUAUGAGGAUUCAUGCCUGGAUUCUUAGCCACUAUCCUCAAUUGCGUAGGGUAGCGUGGUAA